AUGGACAAAAUAUACCUUAGUACCAAAACAGCGCAUGCGUGCUGGACUGCUGGUGUGAACGCGUGUGCGCGUAAUGGCGGACGGCUUUCACAUCGAAGGAAAAUACGUCCAAAGAAAUUUUCCACUGAUGAUGAGCAGGAAGAAGUGCUGUCAUCAUCAGAAGAUGAUUUUCCAAAAAACAAGAAACCCCUACCUAGACCAAAACCAAUAAUACGGAAGUCUAUUACAAACAUAUUAUCUGAUUAUUCUGGCCCAAUUCAAACUUUUCCAUUAGCUUCAGCUGGACAAUCGCAAAGGUCGUUUGAGGAUAGUGAUUCUACAAAUCAACUUUAUUAUUUGCCACCUCAACAUUCAGCAAAAGAUACUCAAUUGACUAAAUCUUCAGGACAAAUUAUUAGAGGUUCUGCGUCAAAUCAGUCAUUUUGCCAGGCUGCUGUUUCGAACUCGUCACCAUAUAAUCCGUCAACUAGUAAAGCAACUGAUGUACAGAGCAACAUCAGAGCUGUAGUGGAAAGUAAUGGAGCAAACACUCAAGAUGAUGUAAUCACUUUAUUGAAGACCAUUAGAGAACAGAACAAUCAAAUUUUGCAGUGGAUCCGAAAACAAGAUCGCAGUGGCAAUCACGCCAGUAAUACAGAUUUACCAGAUGAUAUAGGCGUACAGUUUCCUUUGAAUUCUCAAGAGGAUAUUACCAAAUUGGAAACAUACCUGAGUGAAAAAAAUAAUUGCCUGGCUUUGUCGGCAUAUCUAUCGACUUUUGGAGGGAGAGAUUUUACUGGACAUACAAACCGCAUUUUAAAUUUUUUGUUCACUUAUUCUCUUGCAACUAAUUGGAAUUUUUGUGGCAAACGAGGUGAGAAAAAGGCUUUUAAAAACUUAAACGUAAAGGAUGUGAUUAUUGGUGCUGUAAGAAAAAGCUCCCCUCUAGUCAGUCAGAAAGAAAUAGACGAUACCAUCAAGGUGUGGUUGAAACAUGCACCAGAGAAAUUGAAAAAGCAGCAGCAUGGCAACCUAGAUUUAGAUUUUAAUGUAAACUCGCCUAAUGAAAAUUUGCUCUUCAAUGAUGCGACGUUAUACAACCAUUUGACUUCCUAUUCCAGUAACGUGCCCCCUAACGAUUUAUUUUCUAAUGAACCGCCGCCUAGCGAUUUGCAUUCGAAAUUGUCAAACUGGGCAGCUUCAAGGUUUCACAAAUUAGAAAGUAAACUGAUCAAUGAUACAGUCAUACGUCAACAAUAUUCGGAGUUCAUGAGGGAAUAUGAAAAACUCGGGCACAUGACCAAGGUGCCGACGUGGGCAACGGAAGUGGAUGGAAAGGGAGUUUUUUACCUACCACAUCAUGGUGUCGUGAAGGAUAGUGCAACCACUAAACUACGAGUGGUGUUCGAUGCAUCCGCCAAAACAGGAAACGGUAUUUCGUUGAAUGAUACGCUAAUGACAACACAAUGUAGCAAUGGUAGCGGACAUAGGGAAGAUGUACCGGCAGGUGGAAAUUGUAGAAGAGCAACGUGA